AACAACAAGGCAACUAGCCAAUACCUCUUUGAGGUGGUUUUUUUUUUCUUUCUUCCAGGCUUUGGGGUUUCCUUUUUCCUGGAAUUGUGUUUAUCUUCUGUUUUUCGUUUUCUUUUGGUUUUCCAAGUUUUUUGUAACGUCUGUGCUUAUUACUCAACCGUUGGGAAUGCGAACAAACAUCCGCCAGUAUCGUGGCUGAUUUAUCACUUCACUUUACUAUCUGAUUUUUCAGGACGGAAAGUCGUGGAAGUGGUGAAAUUCUCCUUCGCUAUAGUAAAAUGAAGUAGCGAAGGAAGUGUGUUCGCUCGCAUUAAUCCGUUGAUGUGACGUUCCACUGUGUUAAUCAUUCAAAGCUGUGAUCUCUCCACGCACAAACAGGGUAUAUGUAUUGUUCCUAAAGAUGUCACCAGCCAGCCCAUACAACAUGUGGGCAAAUCCUCCGCAAGAUGCACAGAUAACGAUAAGUUGCCUGAUGCCAAACAGCAUUCUUAUUACAUUGGAGGUUAUUUCAAGUGCUGUACUGUCACAAGUCAAAGAAGAAUUAUGGGAAGAAGCUCGAAAAUUUCCACUCCAAGGCCUUCUGAAGGAGCAAUCCUCUUACAAUUUCAUGUGUGUCAAUUGCAUGGCAGAAAAGGAAACACUUAUCGACGAAAGCCGGCGUCUAUGUGAUGUCAAACCAUUUUAUAACCUUCUCAAGGUGGUGGAACGCGAAGGUGACAAAGCUGAAGAAACAUUAAACACUAAGAUUGGCCAACUGAUUGGUAAGGGACUGCACGAUUUCGACUCACUCAAAUCGUUGGAAGUUAACGAGUUCCGCUGGAGAAUGAAGGAUAUGGUAUCGGCCAUCAAAAGAGAACGAGAAGAAAUCUCAGCGCUUGACCGGAUCAAACAGCAAUACCCAUGCGACAUGGCUGAAUCAGAUGAGUUACCAAUGUAUCUAGCACCCAAACUGCCAGAUGGAAUUAUGGAUGUAAACAUGCAACUCGAAAAUACAGAAACAUGCUUUUCAUUUUCGAUUGCCCACACAGCCACACCGUUCCAGCUAAUAACAAUGGCUUUACAGCGGAAUGCACAUUUACUUGGCCAAUAUCCGAUCGAUCAAGAUAUCGGCUGUGGGCACGUUCUGAAAGUCAGCGGCCGGCAAGAGUACCUCAUUGGCGAAUUUCCCUUGUCGCGUUUUCUCUAUGUUCGGAACAAAUUAACGAAGGAAGAGAAACCAUCAUUUGUCGUCGUUGACAGUCAAAAUGUUGUUUUGGAAGCCGUCAGUGAUGCUACUUCAUCAUCGUCUUCCGGCACCCUUGAUUCUGAAGCUGUAAAACGAAAUUCACGAAACUCAUUUCCUACAUUACGCAAGAAACAAUCGUUACUGUCGUGGAAUGUUAAUUCUCCUUUCUCAUUCCGCGUGGAAAGCGUCUCACUACUCAACACCAGCGAAUCUGAAGUGGGCAUUCAAGCUGGUAUCUUCCAUGGUGGCCGGUCGCUAUGUGAACCAAGAAAAACGCAGGCCAAAACCUAUGCCAAUGGCGAAUGCACCUGGAACGAAGAGCUUACUUUUGAUUUAAAGGUACGAGAUUUACCGCGUGCAGCCCGGCUCUGUCUAGUUGUCUAUAGCCUUUCAAAGAUGUGUAAAGGUGCUAAAGGAUCUCGUAGAACGUUUAAAGACGUCGAAAAUGAAAUGUAUAUUAACCAGUUGGCCUGGGCCAACACGACAAUAUUCGAUUAUGAAGGGCUUUUGAAAACUGGUUCCUUCACGUUAUACAUGUGGACGUAUGCUGAAGACGUGCAGAAUGAGGAGAUUAUGAAUCCGUUAGGAACGGUCGUCUCCAAUCCCAACGUGGAACACGCAACGGCUCUAACCCUGGCGUUUACCAAGUGCCAGGACAAUAAACUUGUCCAUUAUCCGAAAAUGGAAGACAUUUGUGCCGCAGCCGCCAAUUUUAGAGAUGAAAUAUCUGACGAUAGCGGCAUGUCAUCGUUAGCAUCUCUUAAUGGAGACACCAGUAGCUUAAGUGGUUUCAGUAUUGCCAGUACCGCAAGUAUUAAUAGUCUAAACAGUAUCAACAGUAUGAAUAGUAUUACCAGCACAAGUAGUAUGUCGUCGAAACGGAGCAAUGGGUCAGCUAUGUUUUACAUUACGGAACAGCUGCGAUAUACGGCUGAACGCGAUCCGCUUCACGAAAUGCACGAAGAUGAGAGGAGAUUUCUCUGGUCGUUACGUUACCAAAUAUCUCAACAGGUGCCCAAUCUUUUACCAAAACUCCUACUCUGUAUCGAGUGGAAUGACUACAAGGAAACGGCCGAAAUGCUCUCACUUCUGCCUAAAUGGCCGAAGCUACCGCCCGCAAGGGCGUUAGAAUUGCUGGACUUUGCCUACGCCGAUGCUGGGGUACGAAGUUAUGCCAUUGAAUGCGUUCGUCAAGUCAGCGAUGACGAGCUGCUACUUUAUUUGCUUCAGCUUGUGCAAGCGCUCAAGCACGAGAGUUACUUGGAGUGUGAUCUAGUCAAUUUCCUCAUUGUUCGUGCUUUAAGAAAUCGAAAAAUUGGCCAUUUCCUGUUUUGGCAUUUGAGGGCUGAAAUGCAUGUGCCAGCCGUUGCGGUGCGUUUUGGCUUGAUGCUGGAGGCGUAUUGCCGUGGCGCCCCAGACCACAUGAAAAUUUUUUCACGUCAAUUAGCGGCACUUAACCGUCUUCAAGAAACGAGUGAAAUGGCUCGGCAUAAAAAAGAAGGUCGCGACAAGCUGAAGCAGCUAGUACAAGAAUCACUGAAGCAAAAUCAUUUCUACGAGGCGCUCUCCGACCUGCUUUGCCCGUUGGACCCUGCUCUACGCUGUCGUCGCAUUCGAGUAGAAAAAUGUAAAACAAUGGACAGCAAAAUGAGACCGCUCUGGGCUGUUUUUGAGAAUGAUGAUCCAUCCGGCAACGACAUUUAUUUUAUCUUCAAACAUGGCGAUGAUCUCCGUCAGGACAUGCUCACUUUACAAAUGAUUCGUAUUAUGGAUCGGCUAUGGAAACAAGCAGGGUUAGAUUUGAGAAUGAAUCCGUACGGCUGCAUUUCUACUGGCCAUCGCGUUGGUCUAAUUGAAGUUGUUCUCGACGCCGACACGAUUGCCAACAUUCAGAAAGAGAAAGGAGUAACUAAGGUGACGGCCACGUUCGAACGAGGUUCUCUACUUGCUUGGUUAAAAGACCAUAACCCCACAGAAAGUGCUCUAAACAAUGCCAUUGAGCAAUUUAGCCUUUCGUGCGCGGGUUACUGCGUUGCCACUUACGUAUUGGGCAUCGCCGACCGCCAUUCGGAUAACAUUAUGGUCAAGAAAAAUGGUCAACUCUUUCAUAUUGAUUUUGGCCAUAUUCUUGGUCAUUUUAAAGAGAAAUUUGGUAUCCGACGUGAGCGAGUACCAUUCGUUUUAACCCAUGACUUCGAACACGUCAUCACGAAAGGCCAAACAAAAAAGGGAAGCGGUCCUGGCCGGUUCGAGGCUUUUCAGAGUAAUUGCGAGCAAGCUUUCCUCGUACUUCGCCGUCAUGGCUCGUUUAUUAUAUCUCUUCUUGCGAUGAUGAUCUCCACCGGUCUGCCGGAACUAAGCUGCGAGAAAGAUUUGAACUAUCUCCGUGAAACUAUGGUGCUCGAUCUCUCGGAGCAGGAGGCUUUGCGUCAUUUUCGUUCACAGUUUGAAGAAGCUAAAAAGAAUUCGUGGAAAACCUCGAUCAACUGGACUAUACAUAACCUGGCUAGUGACAAUCGUCAGUAGGCAAAGUGGACGCGUAGUUUUUUACUGCCACAUCUCAUUCCACGAUCACCUACCUUUUAGUCAACUAUCACAAGCUGGUCUUCUGAGUGCCUUAUCUAAUGUGUAGACGAAAAAAGAAAUCCGACUGUGUUGACCAUCACCUUCGUUAGCUUUCCCCUGAAAGUGCAAUAUGCCAGCGAUUACGCAUCAAGUGAGUCUUUCAAUAUCGUAGUUGACUUGCCAAUUUCUUAGGAUAAUGUUUCCCUUUGUUGAUUAAUGCGAUCUAAGCGUAGUUUACUCCCCACAUUGACUCUUACCUUUUACCAAAAUAUGCCCGUUAAGGGUUGAAGCCAUAAUGAAAUGACUCAUUUUUUAAAUAUUUGCCGUCCUAUUCUGUUGACUCAUGUAGAAGUAAACAGUAGAUGGAAUUUCACAAUGGCAA